AUGGUUUUUCUGAGUGUGUACUACUUUGUAAUUCUGAUAUUAUUUUCUAUAAAAGAAAACAAAUUCGGAAUUGCACAUGAUACCAAAUUACAGAGUGAAAAUAAAACAGAGACAAUUAAAUUAAAUGAUGGAAAUAUAAAGACACUAUUCCCAAUUGAUGCGGCUGAUCUACUUGAAUGUUCAAAGCAUGACAAAUAUAUUCUAUUGGAUAAAACAAAUCAAUUAAAUAAAAAUGGAACACACACAAACAAGUUACUCCCUUUAGAAAGUGUAUACUUAAGUUCUCACUUUUUUGGAAUAAUGGAGUCAAUUGCAGGAACAUCAGGAAACUUUGUAAACGAUGCGAUUUCUGGAUUACAAAUCAAUCGUGUUGUGCAAGUAUUAAAAGAAACAAGAAUUCAACUUUACUUGGGGAAUUUUCAGGAUUCUCCUAAUAUAAUGCCUAAAAAACUUUCAAGUAUAAAUCUAAGUUGUAUUUAUGGGAAUUACUUUCCGAGUUUAAGCUUCUAUCACGUUAAUAACUUUUGUGAAUUUACUCAAGGAAUUAAUCAUGAUUAUUUAUUAUUAAGUGAAGAUCACAUUUGUAACCAUAAAUAUUCAGAGAAAUAUAUGUAUGGUAGUACAAUGAAGUAUUUCAAUGUUCUUGCAAGCCUAAAUAUUCCAAUAUUGAACUACAAAGAAUUUGAUCAACAAUUUCUUUCUUUAUUUAACACUCAAAAUUUUUAUUAUGAUCAACAGGCACAUUUGAAUAGAUAUCUACUUCUUUCAAAUGAGUUAGGAUUAUCUCUUUUCAUUAACUUUGGAAUUGGAUUCUUUGCAAAAUUGGAGAAUGAAAAAUACUAUUUGCUUGUAAAAAUAGUCCCACCAGACACAUUCUGGAUAAAGGAUGAAUAUAACGAGAAACAAGGCAAUAAUAAUAGUAGAAAUAAAGUAAUUAACUCUCAAUUAUGUUCUAAGUACGAAAAUGGAAGCAAAUUUUUUAACAAAAAUACUGUUUCAAUAAUUGAAACUGAUAGGAAAAACAAUCAUUUGGCCAUUAAUCGUAAUUCAAUUACCUAUUUGAAUAUAUCACUAAAUGGAAUGAUUCAAUGUUUAGGAAAGUAUUCAAUCAAUAUAUAUACCAAAUCUGAUAGAGAAAAGUCUUUAAUGUUUAAGAUUUUUGACAAAGAAAAACAUGAAUUUAGUGAUAUGGAAAUGAUUGAAAAUAUGGGAAAAAACAAAAGAGAAUUUAAAUAUUCAUACAUAUUUGGAAAUAAUUAUAAGUUAUUAUCAAGAAUAAAUAUAAUGAUUAUCAAUGAGGAGCCAAACAACACCUAUAUUGAUUACAACAUUUCAUGCAGAGAUAAUCGAAUUGUUGUGAAUAAUCUAUUUUCAUAUACUUGGUAUGUAUUCAAGAAAAAAGUUUUAUGGAACAGAGAUUUGGAAAUAUCACUUUACUCAACAAAGCUUACUAAUCAUUCCAAUGGAAUAAUUUUUACAAUUGUGAUAUUAUCACUACUCAUAUCAGCUCCAAUAUUAGGAUUAUUUGCUGUUGUAAUAAAAUCAAUAAUAAAAAGAUAUGAUAAUUCCAGAAUUAAUCAUUUGAAAAUUCCUUUAACAAUAAACACACAUACAAAAUUUGAGAAUACUUAUCAAGCAGAAAAGCACUCCAAGUACAAUUUAGGAGAAAAUUACUUGACGAAAACUCUAGAAAUUCCACUUAGGUUAAAAAAAAAGUUUCUAAGUCCUUCAUCAAGCCCAGCAUCUCUUCAAAUACACAUGAAUGAUAGAGAAUACAAUCAACUUCAAUCUCCUGUUCAAUUAGAAUUAUAUACAGCAGUCUCACACAAUAUUUCAGAAACUUUUAAAUGUAAUACUGACACAUGCUCGUCUCCUUCAACAAUUAAAUCAAUAACUUUUAAACAUUGA